CUGGCCAAUCGCGGCGCAGCGCGGUCGCUAUGGCGACGCGGGACGCGGCCCGGCCCGCCAUGGCCUCCUACCGCCUCGGGGUCCGCAUCGGGAACUGGCUGGAGGACGAGUACGCGCAGCAGGACCUCCUGAGGGAUUUUAUCCGUAAGAGAGAGAAAGGACAGCUUUUAAUACAGAGAUUAGCCAGACUUCAAGAGAAUAUUUUCAAGAAGGUAGAGCUGUCAGUAUCUUCGGAUGGAUUUGUUCACUUUGGAGACACCGUGUUGCUUAUGAACCCAGACAGCAAAUCCUCGGAUUUGGGAGGGACCUCGGAGGAGAGGGACCCCGAAUUGUGUGGUGAUGUAACUCUGGCUGUCGACAUGGAAGAAGUGUCCCUGUACUCAGAUGAGCCUCUGCAGAUCUCACGUGGACUUAGUGCAGUCAAGAGGGUGGACCCCAUAGGUCGAAAUGCUUUCUGUAUUGUAAGUGUUGAUGGAAGUGCAGUGGGUGAACCACUUAGAUACGGGCAAAACUUUCUUCUGGGGACAAAAGGAGGGGUUUCUGACAAACUGUUUUAUCUGGCAAGUGACCACAAAACAUUUAGAGAUUUUGCUAAAAAAUCUCGUCUUCAGAAAGUAUUUUUGACAGCUGAGCUUUCCUAUUUGACUUUCUGGCAAGCAAAGUCCUUGGAUCCACAACUGCGUCUUGAACACGAAGGAUUUCCAGUUCCUUCAGAAACUAAAAUCAUUAUUACUCAUUGCUACACCAACCGCAACUUAGCUGUUCCAAGGACCUUCUGUGUGUGGUCUCAUUUUGGGAGAGAAUUUGAAGUCAUUUGUCACAAUUAUCUGGACUCCCGCAGAGUUGAAGAAGAUAAGAAUCACUGGGAGAUAAUUACAGGAAAUCCUGGUCCUGAAGAUGGUACAAUGCUUGAGAGACCCAAAGCUCUCCCAGAAGGGUAUGAGAAUAAAUUAGUUUCAUGAAAAGACAGAGGAUAUAAAAGCCCAAGACCACAGCCAGGAGAGGUUGACAAGACUGAUUAUUUUUUCUUCCUGUUUAUAUUUUAGAGAUGUUUAUUUUUAAAAUGGAAAUUAAAGUCUGCCAUUAGUAAUAUUGCAUAAUCUCAUUAACUCAUCAAGGUUAUAAUGGGCAAAAAACUCUGAAAAUUUGAUGAACAACACAUCAAAAAUUGUAAAUCAGUAAAGGCUCUUUUUCCCAUUUUUACCUUCACUGAUGACAAAAGUUUUCAGAACCCAGGAAACCUAAUAGAUUCUCAUUAAACUACUGGCUCUCAGAGUAUAUUUAACCAAUUUUUCCAAAGCCAAACCAGCGUCACAAUUUUUAAAAGGCUGAGUGGACAGUUUCCAAAACACUGAAAACCAAACACAUGCGAAGUUAUCAUGGGAUGUUUUGACAUUUAAAGUUUAUCUGAAAGAAAGUUGGUUGUUGAGUUUGUUCCACACUCCAUCUAGCACAACGUUGCCAAUUAUUAAAUCACAAGUGUGACUUUUUUAUCUUGAGAUUGUCUUCUAAUUCAUGGAUAUAAAUUGAGUUUUUUAUGUUUUUCCAUGUAUUCUAAACACUUUAAUAUCAAGUAAUCAAGAACUUGAGCACAGUGAUAGAGACUAGAGACUUACAACAGCAUUUUCCAUGCAUCACCAUGUUCCAUUUACCUCUCACCCACAGCAUUUUUCAAUCAAUAGUAAUUUCUAACAAGUUUGAGAGUAAGGUAAAAUUGUCAAAGAAAAUUUGGCACCCACAAGUUUGAUGAAAGUAAAUGCCAAAGCAGAAAACAAAUAUGAUAUGCUGUAAGUUUAUCCAGUAAGAAAAAAAGAUUGUAUUCUAUAUUCCUACCUAAUUAGACAAGAGUAUCCACAUGAAAAAAAAAAAAGGCCUUUGAGGGUAGAAAUUUCAGCUGAAACUCACAUUUUCUUAAAAACAAAAUCAACCAAGUAUAAAAUGCAAAUACCUGGAAAACAGAUGUCAUUACUGCAUAGAUUUACCUGUUUUUAUAUAGAGGCUGAAAAAGCAUCACAGAGACUCUUCUACUGUAUGGCAUUCCAUUAUACCUAUUUAGUUAAAUAUAUAUUUAUUUCAUCUCCUACUGUACCACAAGAGCAGUCUCUUUCUGCACAAAGUGACAACCUAAGUAAAAUACUACACCAAUCUCCAUUCAUAAAAGUUUCCAAAGAUCUUCAGUGAUUAUAAAGGUCAGUUAAAACUUUCUAAGUUUUCCAAAACAAAACCACUAAACUUUCACAAAAGAAGGGAUUGGUCCAAACAUAUAUUUAAGCUCUGUUCCCAAAUAAUCUGUUUGAAGCCCACAGGCAAGGCUUACAGAGCUUUACCUUUAUUCAAUAUAAUUAAGUCAGCAGCCUGCAGCCUCAGCUAACUGGCAUUUGGCAUAGAGGAUCUCAGAGCAGCAGGCAGGUUUGCUUUGAGGAACUGUACUGCAGAGGGCAGCUUUACAAUCACACUCCUCGUGUGCAAACCUUUACAUUAUAGAUGUGCUGUCAUAGAGGAAAUUAUCUUCAGGAACUUCUUUCACUUUCUCCUUUCAUUUUCUAUGUAAGCAUAACUACCAUGAUGUGUGAUGUUUUUCUAGAGGGUCUGUUAAUAGUCCAACAUUCAGAGGUACAAAUUUGCACAUUUUCAUAAUGGAUUGAAAUGUCUGCUUAUAUUUUUUAGAUAUUAAAGUUUAGUAGAUAAAGUUUUGUAGAUAUUUAAGUUUAGUAAGAUUUAAACUGCAUUAAUGCACUGCAGUGUUUCUAUUUUGGCCAUUGUGGACUUUUACUGCUAUUAGAUGCAGCUAGUUUAACUCUAAGUCUCUUAACUCUGGGUCAAAUGUGGGAAACAAGAAGAAGCCUUAAACCAAAACCGUUUCUGAAAUGAAGCUUCGUGUGAACUCAUGCAAGAAUGAGGACUGUGUGGGCAGGGUACCUGGGCUGGCUGAUGUUUUGGGUAGAAGUGUUUGCGUGUGUGAGUGGAAGGAAAGCAAUGCACCCUGUACAAAAACAAGUUUUGCAAAGACUUAGAGGAAAAACAAAGAGAUAAACAGAAACAGAAAUGAGUAAAAAAACUGGUAUUGUUGGAAUUUGGUGGUGAUUAAUUUGGUGUGUUUUGAUCAUUUUGUUCUCAUUGGAAAGGAUUUCUUGAGCUGAAAAUAAACAAGAUUGAAUCAA